AUGCCUUCGCCAAUCCCACUGACUCGGUUGCUGCCGAAGAAGUUUUAUCCAUCUACUGUUCUGGGAGCUUGCAGUAGUCCACUCGUUAAAUAUGCGAAGGAUUCAACUUUACGAGUGCCAACUCAGAGCUUCCACGGCAGAGAUGUACACAGAGUGUGUUCGUCUGUCAUCAACUGGAAAGAACUGCGGUCUCUUCAUCCCAUUGGCUCAGGAGGCUUCGGCGCAGUUUACAGAGGGUUUUACUUCGGAGAGACGGUUGCAGUUAAGAAAGUGAGGAAGUGGUCAAAGAACAAGCUAGCAUCGAGACAAAGUUUCUGGUCUGAGCUGAAUGCAGCUCACCUGCAACAUAAAAACAUUGUUCGGAUAAUAGCAGCCACAACUUGCUCGCCUGCAAGUAAGGACAAUGAGGAUAGUAUUGGAACCAUAUUGAUGGAGUAUGUAGGAUGCACCAAUUUACAAAAUAUAAUCUAUGGUCCAGCGGAUGCAUUGGGAAGGGACAGGUGCGUGAAAUAUUCAAAGGACAUUGCAAAUGGGCUCCUUUUCUUGCAUUCCCAUUCCAUCGUACACUUGGAUCUGAAGCCGGCAAAUGUACUUGUCUCUGAAAAGGAUGUCUGCAAGAUUGCCGAUUUUGGGUGUUCCCAGAAAUUGGAACUCGAUCGGGACUUGUCUCCUGUAGCACCCCACAGGUGUCACAUUGGUGGAACGUACACGCACAGAGCACCUGAACUUCUGAAAGGUGAUGAUGUUACCUUGAAGGCAGACAUUUAUUCAUUUGGUAUCACCCUUUGGCAACUGAUCACAAGAGAGCAGCCGUAUGAUCAGUAUGAUCGACAGCCGGUGUUGUAUGCAGUCGUUGCGUAUAAUUUAAGACCUUCGUUGACAAAUGAAGUGUUUCAUAAGACUGCCUGGGGACAGGCCUGCAAAUCCCUUGUCUGUGAAUGUUGGAACGGCGACCCACGAGCAAGACCCAGUUCUAGAGAUCUCGUUGUACAAUUUGAAAUUAUGUAG